CGUAACUGUAGUAUCCAGAGUGCAGUGGUUUCUCCAUUGAACUCUUCUUCAGCUCUUCUCUUUUUUUAAGAAUCACCUGUUCCCAAAAUGAGCCGAAGCCAAUCAGUUUAUGGGGUCUCUAGUGUUAGAUCUGGCAAAGGGUUUAGUGCAUCCUCCUUAGGACAAAGCAACAGGAUCAGCAAAAGCUCAGCCUCUGUAUCUCAGAGUCAAUGGGGUGGUGCAGGUGCCAGUUUUGGGAGCAGAAGCCUCUUUCAGUUGGGUAAUGCAGCUGGGGGUCAAAGGAUAUCAUCUGCUAGUGGAAGCAGACUCAGACAGGGCUCAUCCUUAGCAUUUGGUGGGUCUGGUGGUGCUGGAAGCUUUUCUGGUUCCGGGGCUUCUUUUCCAUCUGCAGGCAUCAUAAAUGUGACCGUUAACCAAAACCUCCUGGCACCAGUGAAAAAUCUGGAAAUAGAUCCAAACAUUUCUGUCGUAAAAAAGGAAGAAAGAGAGAAAAUCAAGACUCUGAACAACAAAUUUGCAUCUUUCAUUGACAAGGUUAGGUUCCUUGAGCAGCAAAAUAAAGUGCUAGAGACCAAAUGGAGCCUCUUGCAGCAACAAGGAGGUCAAGGAGCUCCUAAAAGUGACAUUGAUGGCAUUUUUAAUGCAUAUAUAAAUAGUCUGAGAAGCCAGUUGGACAACAUAAACAAUAACAAGGGUCGCCUCAAUGGAGAACUGCAAAACAUGCAGGACCGAGUGGAGGACUUAAAAAACAGGUAUGAGGAUGAAAUCAACGCACGCGCAGGAGCGGAGAAUGAGUUUGUUUUACUUAAAAAGGAUGUGGAUGCUGCUUAUUUAGCCAAGGUGGAGCUAGAAGCAAAAAUGAAUGCGUUAAUUGAGGAGAUCAACUUCUUGAGAGCUCUCUACGAAACGGAACUUGGAGAGAUUAAAGACCAGAUAUCAGACACAUCAGUCAUUCUCUCAAUGGACAACAACAGAUCUUUGGACCUUAAUGACAUUGUCGCUGAAGUUAAGGCACAGUAUGAAGAACUUGCAAAUAGGAGCAGAGCGGAGGCAGAAGAAGCAUAUCAAAACAAGUACAAGCAGUUGCAAGCCGCAGCAGGCCAACAUGGAGAUGACCUAAAAAACGUAAAAAAUGAAGUUUCCCAGCUUAAUCGAUCUAUUCAAAGACUAAAGGCUGAAAUCGAUAAUGUGAAAAAACAGAUUGCUGCACUGCAGGCAUCGAUUGCUGAGGCUGAGCAGCGUGGGGAGUUUGCUUUAAAAGAUGCUCAUAAUAAGCUAACAGAGCUGGAAGCUGCCCUACAGAAGGCCAAGCAGGACAUGGCUCGCCAACUGAGAGAAUACCAGGAGCUGAUGAACGUGAAACUGGCUCUGGAUAUUGAGAUCGCCACCUACAGGAAACUCCUGGAAGGAGAGGAGAGCAGAAUAACUGGGGAGAUUACAAAUACUGUGAAUGUUGCUGUAAGUAGCAGUGCCUCUGGAUCUGCAUUUGGUGCUGGUGCAGGCUACACUUCUGGAGGCUACACUUCUGGAGGCUACACUUCUGGAGGCUACACUUCUGGAGGCAGCAUCUCAUCUACUAAUGCUAGUUCUUCCAACGCUCAAAGAAAGCGGGCUGCCGUGAAAAUAAUCUCUACCACCGAAAGCCUACAAAGCUAUCGGAACUAAAUCCACAGUCCAAGAGCUGUAAUGCCCCUUUCUACCAAUUCCUCAAAUAAAAAGGAAUUUUAUUGUUCCACACUGCUUCAACAUUAUUAGAGUGAAUUUCUGGGUCGAAUCACAAUACUUGAGUUCUGAUACUAACUAGUGAUCGUCUACUAUAGUUCUGAAAUAACCACCCUUAACAUAUUUGAAUACAACAUAAUUUUGCUAUGAAUUAAAUAGAUAGUUCACAUUC